AAUUUAUGAAAACAAAUAUGGCGACCUCCAGUAGCGAUGGGAAAAUAGAAGAUUUUUUAAAACCCGAGUAUGAACAGUGCAUGGUAUGUACUGGUUUCCUUGGCAGUAAUUUCGGACAACCUGUAUGUAGCAGUUGUCAUUUAUUUCUCUUUUGUAAUGACAUAAACUUAGAGGAGGGAGAGCAGGAAGUAUACAAUGAGAAGGAUGAUUCCGAUGCAGAUUCAGGUAAUGAGGAACCAGUUGAAUCUUUUGAUUUCUACACAAAGGAAGAGGAGUAUAGGGCCAGGAAAAUCAAAUCACUCAAUCAUAAAACAGAUAAAUUAGCAGAGAGAAUUACUUCACUUACUACACCUAGGGAACCAGGCAGUGUUCCUGAAGGACUGGUUGAUUCCAUGCCACCAGAAGUUUUAUUAGUUGUGUUCAAAUACCUAGAUGACAUAUCUUUAUGGACAGCUGGACAAGUGUGUUCUAGAUGGCGUCAAAUAUUAGAAGGGGAGACAACUGAAUUACAGUGGAGAGAAUUCUGUAAAUUACGAUGGCCAUUAUUUUAUCCACAAUAUAGAGUGAAAGACUGGAAAACUAUUUACACUAAACUAUUAGAAAGUUCACCAUGUAGAUACUGUUUAGAAAGCAUGAUGUUACAGAGUACACCACCAAUAGAAGAGAAUUCCUGGAGACACAGAAGAUUAAGAAGUGAACUAAAAACAUUAAAAUCUGACCCACCUGAAGGUAUUAAAGCCACACCAUUAGAUAGACAUUGCUGUCACUGGCAAGCCUCAAUAACUGGUCCACAGGGAAGUCCUUAUGAGGGAGGACUAUUUCUGUUGUAUUUGCAGAUACCACAGAGUUACCCAAUGAGGCCACCAAAAGUGAGAUUUAUUACACGUAUAUUUCAUCCUAACAUUAGUCGACAUGGAGAUGUGGGUCUGGACUCUAUCCAUCAUAAUUGGAGCUUAGCAUUAACUAUAUCUAAGGUGUUAAUAAGUAUACAAUCAUUGCUGACAGACCCAUAUUGUUAUGUGUGUAUGGAACCAACUAUUGGUAAAUUGUUUACGAAAGAUCGAAAGGAGUUUAACAGAAUAGCCAGAUUAUGGACAUGGAAAUUUGCUAUGCAUGACUUUUUAAUGCCAAUGAAUAUUGAUCUAAAUGGGGUAUAGUAAUGGGAAGUAGAUGAGAUCCAAGAUGGAGGAUUUUUUUUCUGUGAUAUUUUUUAACGUUAAAGCAUAAUACAGUUCAUUACAACUAAAAAUUGUGCGAAUAAUGUUUGUUGCUACAGUUACAUGUUAUAUAUUAUGCUUAAACAUAAAUACAUUGCAUGAACAAGUUGAUUAGGCAUCUUUCAUUAUAUUUGUAAUGUUAAAAUGACUAUUGAUUACUGCCAAUAAUGAAUUUCAGGAACGGUUUUCAAUUUAGUUGGAAAAUAGCUCAACUUUCUCAUAAUUGAUAUAUCAUGACCUCAUCCUAAUUAUUAAUUAUUCAUAUCACGUUAACAUGUUCUCGUCCUGAAAAUGCAUUUAAUUUGCCACUAGACAUUUAACAGCCAUCCAUCAUCAUGACCUCACCUUAAGUACAUGUUCAUUUACUUGUUUCAUGCCCUGUCAGAGUUAGCAGAGGGGCCAUUUUGUUAUUAUAAUUAAGUGCAGAAGUUAACUAAUGUGAAGGUUAUAGUAUUAGUAGCAUCUAGGUUAAAAAUGUAUGUACAUGUAUUAAGAAACAUUUUAUACAUCAACAUAUAUUUUGGCUUUUAUAAUACAUGUAAUAAACAUGAUAAAUACUGUAAUGUGUGUAAAAAAUGUUUUAUGUAAUGUAUGUGAAGAACAAUUAGAACAGUGGGCUUUUAUAAUAAGUAAUAUGUGGCUUUAAUAUUAUUUAGGUAAUGUAAUCAUAUGUUAUGUAUGCUAUAAAUUAAAUGUUAUGAAGUAUGUGCAAUAGUUUUACACUGUAUAUUUUAUUCCCUGAGUUAACAUGAAGAUUUUAAUAAAGAAUGAAACAUUCUGA